AUGAUAAUGACAAAAAUUAUUCUAUUAAUAAUAUCGUGCAUAAAUAUAGUAUCAAGUGAUAUUAAAGAAGAUGAUGAGAGAUCUGGAAAACUGUUCUGGCCGGAGUACAGAAAUCCUGUUGUUGACAAGAUUAUGAGUGCAGUAGGAGCGAAUCCUCACGCGGGUGGAGAUUUUUUCGAUUUCCUCCGGGAUUCAUACCCUUUGCCGAGAGGCUUGAAAGAACCAUAUUCUGAAUAUGAUUUCGUCAUCGUGGGAGCUGGUUCUGCUGGCAGCGCUUUAGCGUCACGACUUACCAGAAACAGAAAUACGACUGUGUUACUCAUAGAAGCUGGAAAGCCAGAAAUGCUGUUAACAGAUGUUCCAGCUGUGGCACCAUAUUUUCAAGACACACAGUAUGUUUGGCAUUACUACAUGGAACCUCAACCAGGAGUCUGCAUGGGUAUGAAAAAUCAACGCUGCUUCUGGCCUCGAGGCAGAGCAGUCGGCGGAACUAGCGUCAUUAACUACAUGAUCUACACCAGAGGCAGACCACAGGACUGGGACAGAAUAGCAGCAGAUGGAAAUUACGGAUGGUCUUACAAUGAUGUUCUCAAGUAUUAUAUCGAAAUGGAGAAAUCUGAUUUGAAGGGCUACGAGAAGGCGCCGCACCGAGGUCGUGAUGGUGACCUGCCUGUGGAAUUUCCACCCAUAAAGACGAGGUUAGUUGAGGCAUUUCUUAAAGCUGGUGAAAUGCUUGGGUCUCCAACAGUCGAUUAUAAUGCACCAGAAAAUGUUGGUUUCGGACGUGUACAAGCCACAAUGAGCAGAGGACAUAGAUUUAGUGCUGCAAAAUCUUUUCUUCAUGGUCAUAAAAAUAGACCAAACUUGCAUAUCUUACCCGAGAGUAGAGCAACAAAAAUAUUAAUAGACCCUGUAACAAAAGCAGCAUACGGUGUAGAAUAUAUAAGAAAUGACCUCCUCCACACAGUUUUCGCACGCAAAGAAGUUAUAUUGUCCGCCGGACCCAUAGCCUCGCCACAGCUGCUAAUGUUAUCUGGUAUUGGACCCGAAGAACAUCUAAAAUCCGUGGGAAUACCAGUCAUACAAGACCUCCAAGUAGGACAAAGACUUUUUGAUCACAUUUGUUUCCCGGGUUUGGUAUUCACAUUGAACACGACAGAAAUCAGUUUCAUUGAGAAUAGAGAUGUAUCUCUGAAGGUCAUAUUAGACUGGCUACAACACGGGGAUAAUCUACUUUCAACACCUGGUGCAGUAGAAGGUAUUGGGUAUAUCCGAACUCCAGUUUCCAACGAUCCCGACCCUACAGUGCCAGAUAUUGAACUUAUAAAUAUCGGAGGCUCUAUAUUAUCUGACGGUGGUGUUGGUGCAAGCAGGGCCGUGAGGAGGGGUAUGAGAAUAUCUGAAGCUCUUUUUGAUGAAGCAUAUGGACCUAUCGAUGGUCAAGAUUCAUGGUCUAUUUUCCCACUCCUGAUACAUCCCAAAUCAUAUGGUCAUAUUAAACUAAGAGAUAAUAAUCCCUUAAGUCAUCCGAAAAUGUAUGGUAACUAUUUGACUGAUCCGAGUGACGUUGCUACCUUUGUAGCAUCAUUCCGGCAUAUUCAAGCAUUAGCAGCAACGCCUGCUUUCCAAAAAUAUGGAGCCAAAACCUACCUACCAAAAUUUAAAACCUGUUUACAGUACGUACCUGAUACAGAUGAAUACUGGGAAUGUGCGUUACGUACAUUGACUGCGACCCUGCACCAUCAAAUAGCCACCACGCGCAUGGGUCCAGAUGAUGACCCAUAUGCUGUAGUUGACCCAGAAUUAAGGGUUCGAGGUAUGAAAAACUUAAGAGUUGUUGACUCAGGUAUCAUUCCUCGUACUAUAUCAGCACAUACAAAUGGUCCAGCCAUUAUGAUAGGUUAUAAGGCAGCGGAUAUGAUAAGAAAAACAUGGAAUAUAUAA